AUGGAGCACAAUUUGGGAGCAAUUGAUGCAGCUGGAAUACUUAAUGGAACUGGUGGUGAGGUCGAGUUACUCUUCAAUUCAGCAACAGAAAAGCAGCCUGAUUUUUUACAAAUGUCAUCAAUCCGCCUCAUCUCAUUUAACACCCACUACAUGAAAUUCAUUCAUCGCCAAGAAGUUGCCCGAAAGCUAUUGCAUGUUUCAAUUGGCCUUUUGAUCCUCUUUCUCUACAGCCACGGGUUUCGACCUCUACAGAUAGCAUCACUAUUAUUUUCUGCGUUUAUCCUCAAUGCGACAUUUGAUGCAAUCCGGUAUAAUUCGAAGGCUGUCAACAAGAUAUUUAUCCGCUCCUUCGGCAUCUUCAUGCGCGAGAAUGAGGCGACGUCAUAUUCUACAAGUACUCCCUAUCUCUUUGGCAUGUAUAUUGCGCUGCGGUAUUUCCCAGAGGAUAUUGGGAUUGUGGGAGUGUUGCUGCUCAGUUGUUGUGAUACGGCUGCCUCAAUUUUUGGUCGCCUCUAUGGCUGCCAUUCCAUACAGCUCCGCCAUGGAAAGAGUUUGAUCGGCACUGCUGCAGCUUGGCUUGUUGGCGUUCUCGUCGCGGCUGGGUUUUGGGGCUACUUCUUGUACACCAGCAGCUUAUCCAACAAUACUGACCCUGCGAGGCCUUUCAUGUUUACGGGAAAGUUGACCUAUCUUCCAGAAAACAGUAAUAGUGGCGGUGCUAGUACUGAUCCUUUAGCCCUUGUCGUGAUAAGCCUUGUCUCUGGAUUUGUUGCUGCGGGGAGUGAGUUAGUUGAUAUUUUCGGCUGUGACGAUAACCUUGUUGUUCCUGUACUGAGUACUCUUGGGCUUUGGGGUUUUCUAAAGAUAUUUGGCUAG